CAGUUGCCCUCAACGUGCCCUAUCGAAUGGUUUCUAAUAAUUUGACUUCCUUAGUACUUUCCCGUUUCAAUUUCACCUCGUGGCUUGAAAUGUGUAUAUAAUUCGACAUAGGUGAUCAUGGAGUCCAUAGACAUAGAGCCAGCUCUUCCUCCUCUGCCAUCCAUGGCUUCUGGCUUUGCUCCUGACAUCUGGCAGUGGAUCAGGAGCCUCCCCGGGCAAUGGAGGGCAGACGAAUCCCACUCUCUCCAGAUAUGCAGUUCUCCAUCCACAAACCAAUCCCUCAACCUCGUAGUCACCAGACAAUCUGAAGAAACCCAUCCCUUCAGUUUGUCUUUCUCCAUCUGUGACGGGUCCCGUGACCACGAUCCAGUCUCGCUCUGGAGCUCCCAUUAUUCCAAGCUGAAACCUGCGAACACCACAGACGUUGCGGCCCAGUUCUUGCUCGAGAUCGUCUGCGGGGUGCUCAGGUACGGGCCUUACUCUAGCAGCAGGGCCAUCUUCAGGCUACCGGCCGUGCAUGUGUCCGAAGGUUCGGGCAAGAUCCUCAGCCUGUCCGUCCUGGCCCUGGCGUUCCUGGUCUGCAUCUACGAGGCCCCGUCCACGCCCCGGCGGGAGUUCAUCGGCGCGAUCACCGCACGGCUGACCCGCGACGAGAUGCGCCACGCAGCGAGGGAGCUUAUGCUGGCCCUCGGGUCCGACCUGGAGGAGCAGUGGAUGCGGUCGCUGAAUCUGGGCGUCACCAACUGGGCCAUGGAGGCUCUCCGGUCAGGCGCCGGCACGUCGUCCCCGCUGCGUUUCGCGGUGUUCUCCUAUGCUCUGUCGGCGAGCAGGCUAUGGAAGGUCCAGCUGUACUGCCCGGUCGUGGCCAUGACCAUGGAGAACCACCCGUCCCAUCACCACCACCAGCAGCAGCAGCACCAGCUGGUCAAAGACGAGAGACUGCUCUUCUCGCUCAACUACCAGCAGCUCGAGAGCGUCAUCCAGUUCACGUACAGAGUCGCGUUCCAGGAGAACUGGAUCGACGUCGCCGUCAACGUCGACAACAUACGGUGCGACGUGAUACAGCUGGUGUCCGAGACUCUCAUGGCGAGGCAAGGCCACGGCUCCGACGAGAAGCACUUCCCGUCGCGCAUAUCGCUGCAGCUCACGCCCAUGGCGCAGUCGGACAUCCUCUCGCUCUCCGUGAGCAGGUCCACGGACAACCCCGUCCAGGAGGUCGGCACCGACAAGGGCAUCGACACGACGCUCGCCGCCGCACCGGCGUCGAUCGGCAUCAGCGUGUCGGCGCACGAGACGGUGACCAGGACCAUGAAGCCCUGGAAGUUCGAGCACUCGGUGCACGGUAACACGGCGUCACUGAACUGGUUCCUCCACGGCAGCGGCGGCGGGGGCAGGGAGGUCUUCUCCAGCGACCCGCCCAAGCUGGAGCUCUUCCAGCCGAGGUCCUGGUUCAGGAACCGGUACACCAGCCCCAGCAGGCCCUUCACCAGAAGCGGAGGAGUCAUCUUUGCCGGCGACGAGUACGGGGAGGGCGUGUGCUGGAGGAUGUGCGCGGCCGCAGCCGGCAAGACCAUGGAGUGGGAGAUCAAGGGCAGGAUAUGGGUCACCUACUGGCCAAACAAGAAGAGGACGCUGCAUACGGAGACCAGGAGGCUCGAGUUCAGAGAGCUGCUGCAUCUCACCAUUGGAGAGUAGUGGAAAUAAUAAAACUAUGGAGAUCUCCUACUGAUAAAAUGGUCGCCGUCAGGAAUAUUUACUGAUCAUAUGCAAACAAUAAAUAAAUAAAUAUGUUAUUUCACAAUCAUGGUUAUAAUACGCUAGCACUCGACUUAGAAGUGAAAAGUAUUAAAGCAGUAAAGGAUUACAGCAGAGACUCACAUUGUGACCUGAAGAUGAACCCAUAG